AAGUUAAAUGGCACUAGCUAGUAGCUAGCGUAAAGACGUGGCAUUAUAAGUAGAAAUAUUGGAGAUAUGCUUGUGGUCAUAAUUUGUUCCUUCAUAUUUCCUGCGGUUAACUGCCUACUAUGCCUCCAAUGUUCGGGCAUCAGCCAGCCGCGGCACUGUAAAUCUGUUGUAGAGUGCGACGUUGAUAAGAAAUGUGGUGUUGAACAGAUAUCUGUCUCGAAUGGUCAACAUCUCUACGACGUCGGGUGUUUUGCCAUGCAGGAAUGUGCUAGCAACAUCACAAAGUCUGGAGAGUGCAGGGAAUGUUGUGGCAAGACUUUGUGCAACGCUCAGGGAUGCAACGAACCUGGAUACCCUGACGUGAUGGGGCCAAUUUGUUAUAACUGCCCGAUGUCUACCAACCCCAGUUUGUGCUCGUCCAUUGAGUUCUGUGAAGUUGGCCAGGUUUGUGAGUACGACUUUCGCAGGGAAUUCGGGGACUUAGUGUACUCUGGACAUUGCGCACACCAGCAGAUUUGUACCCAAAACAGUGCUAGUUCUGCACAAAUUAUAGGUCGUGACCUUGACAAAAGGCCUUCUAUUGUGGAGCAUGUAUGUCAUGGGUGCUGUGACCUUGACCUAUGCAAUAAACAGUGUGCACAAACAGUAAAGAUAGACCCAUGUGACCCCGAUCCAUGCUUCCAAGGACGAUGUGUUUCCACUCAUGACAACUAUACCUGCAGUUGUGAUUCCGGCUUUGAGGGCAGAAAUUGUUCAGUCAUUGUAGACCCAUGUGCCCCCGAUCCAUGUGUCCAUGGACAAUGUGUUUCCACUCAAGACAACUACACCUGCAGUUGUGAUUCCGGCUAUUGGGGAAGCAAUUGCUCUUUCAACCCAUGUGUCCCCGAACCAUGUGAGCAUGGACAAUGUUUCUCAACUCAAUACAACUACAGCUGCAGUUGUCAAUUCGGCUUUUGGGGAAGGAAUUGUUCCAUCAACGCAUGUGACCCCAAUCCAUGUGAACAUGGAGUGUGUGAUCCCGUUCUUGACAACUAUACCUGCAGUUGUGACUCGGGUUAUGAGGGAAGGAAUUGCUCCGUCAUUAUAGACCCAUGUAUCCCCGAUCCAUGUGUACAUGGACAAUGUGUUUCCUCUCAUGACAACUAUACCUGCAGUUGUGAUUCCGACUUUUGGGGAAGAAAUUGCUCCUUUUUACCGUCAACAGACUGCUAUGGCUUACAGAAACAGAACCUGGGACUACCAAGUGGUGUGUAUAACGUGUCGCUAUGGAGAAGUCACGUGAAGAUCCCAGUGUUAUGUGAUAUGACGACAGAAUCAGGUGGCUGGACGGUUAUUCAGCACAGAUAUGAUGGCUCAGUGGACUUUUAUAGGAACCUUUCUGAGUAUUCCGAUGGAUUUGGCGACGUCAGUACGGAGUUUUGGUUAGGCCUAAGUUACAUCAAAGAAAUAGCUGACAAUGGAAACACUACUCUUCGAAUGGAGGUUUCGGCAGCAGACGAAAGUUCAGCGUAUGAGGAGUGGCCGGAAUUUCGUCUCGGUGACGCUCCUUCAUACACCCUCCAUGUUGGCGGCCGUGGCAUAGGAACAGCCAUCGACUAUGGCCGAUUCUUCGAACGUAAUAACAAUGGCGCGGACUUUACUGCCAAGGGAAGCCACUGCGGGGAUUUUCUACAUGGAGGAUGGUGGUAUGCCGGUUGUACGCUUAUCAACCUGAACGGUGAAUAUGCGACGCCGGGCACAGUGUCCGCAUAUCACAGCGGGGAAGGUGGAAUGGUCUACUACAGUUUUAAAGAAAACGCGUCAUUAAAAACGUCGAAAAUAAUGAUCAGAAGAAAUACUUAAAUAAAUAGAACUAAAAAUAACACUAACAAUUUGUGUUGAUUAAAUCUUGCAAUGGUACUAUUUACAUAAACCGUUUGAAGUAAACAUACUUUUUAUUUAUUUUUCAACAACAUGACUUUCUGCCAACAACAAUAGCUUGUAUCGCACGAAAAAUCAUGUAAAAGGUGAGAAAACUGCUUGUAACAAUUACAAUUGGUCUUCAGAAGAUCAAAAUAAAAUCACUGUUGUUAAUGAUAUAUGAUUUCAUAUUUUGUAAAUAAUAUAUCGCGUCGAAAGUUUCAUGAGUUAAAUGAAACUAUUACUGUUCGUUUACUGAUAAACAAUACAUUUGUGUAUGAGUUGAUUUGCAUUGUUUGUCAUAUAAUCUGUGCGUCUUGGCCAUCCUUUUCACUGGCCUAAGACCAACUCGCCGAUAUGCCAAUAAAAUCUAUAUUUGUUCAUAAUUAUUCUUGACAGAAUAUGCUUAAUGUUGCAGAAAAAAGUUUAUAAAGCUUUUAAACAUGGACUUGUUUUUUUACAAAAUUCCCCAGUUUGUCUGAGACUUAAAAAU